AUGAACAGAAACAACCCACUGUACAAUAACAAUGGCAUAAGAAAUGCCUUUUUCUCUCAGAUUGCCUUUGGGAUCUUGGCCAAUACCAUCCUCCUGCUCUUCCUCGUGAUGACACUCUUCCAGGAGCACAGGCACAAGCCGGCCAACAUGAUAACUGGCCUCUUGGCUCUAAGCCACAUAGUGAUGCUGUUGACCAUGGCCUUCAUGGCUACAGACAUUUUGGGGUCCCAGAGUUUUUGGGAAGACUUCACAUGUAGAUCAGUUAUUUCCCUGUACAGGCUGAUGAGGAGCGUCUCCAUCUGUGCUACGUGUCACCUGAGCAUCCUCCAGGCCGUCAUCCUCAGCCCCAGAAGUUCCUGUUUGUCCAAGUUCAAACACAAAUCCUUACAUCACAACUCCUGCUGCUUUCUUUCCCUGUGGAGCUUCUAUAUGUCCAUUAGCGGUUACAUGAGCUUCAUUGUUGCCACCCCCAAUGUGACUUCACACAUUCUUAUAUUGAUCACUAAAUCCUGCUCUCUCUGGCUUUUUAGCGGCCUCAUCAGACACUUACUUUGUGUACUGGCUGUCGUCCGAGAUGCCGUUCUUGUAGGGCUCAUGGCGCUUUCAAGUGUGUACGUGGUGGCUGUCUUGUGCAGGCAUAAGAGGCAGUCACAGUACCUUCACAGUGCCAGCAUUUCCCCCAGAGCAUCUCCAGAGCAGAGGGCCAUCUGUAUCAUCCUGGUGCUAUUGAGUUUCUUUGUGGUCAUGUACUGUUUGGACUGCAUUGCCUUCUCCUUGAGAAGUAUGUGGAAUAAUGACCCAACUCACCACUGUGUCCAGAUGUUUGUGUCCAGUGGCUAUGCCACACUCAGUCCUUUGGUGUUCAUUAGCACUGAACAACAUAUAAUUAACUUUUUAAAAACCAUGCAGGGUGGACAAUAA